CUUUCUGUGGGAGUGGGCGUGUGACGAUGACACCUGUGGUGGAAAUGUUCUGGAAAAUGCGUCUCCGGAACCGCGGUCGUUAUCCCAAGGUAGACGAGCUGCUAGCAAUCUAACGCAGUUGAUGCUAGGAACGACUGGUCGACCUGCCAGUACAAGAGAACGUCGAAGGAAGAGCCAGUACUUGUACGGACGCUACCGUGGAGACGCGUUUGCUGUGACAUUUAAGAAUUUCCGAGGAUGCACGUUGAAUUACUUCCAGUAUUUGGUGGCGAUCAUUGGCCAUUUGAUAACAGGCUUACGAAUCGCGAAUCCAUGGAGCGAUCCGACGGCAUGGGUGUCGUUUUUGGUUCCAGCGACACCGUAUGGAUGGGGUGGCGCGAUUCUGGCAUCACCUGGAAGAGCACGGUUUGUCA